AUAAGUCACACUGCUUUCACACAACAUUUGUAAUCAACAAUUUAAAAUUUGUUAAAACCCAUGCAUAUCGAAACUUGUGCAGAAUUUAAUUGAUAUGGCUGAAGAGCAGUCAAAAGCAGAUGCUGCACAACCCACACUGACAUCUCCAGCCACCAACGAACCUGCAAAGACGCCAAUGAAGCCAAGUCCCCCAACGCUUCUCUCGGCAUCAGGCACCGGUGAGGAAGAGCAGCAGACAGAAAAGGCGGUCCAGGCUGCGGCGUACAGCAUGCGACCGGAUUUUGGAGAAAUGUUUCCUCUACCCAUUGUAAAGAACAUCAUGAACAGUGUCAUGGCCGAGAAACUGAAAGACAAGACAUACGACAAGGACGUGGCCAAGACAUGGACGCUCGAAAUAGCCGAUGAGGUGAACCAGAAAAUAGCCUCCAACCCGAAAGUGAAGCGCUACAAGCAUGUGGUGCAGGUGAUGCUUGGCCAGGAGCUCGGUGCCGGGGGUUUCUAUAAUUCGCGCUGCUGCUGGGACUGCGACUGUGACACCUCCGUCUCCGAGGUGUUCACCAAUACCAGCAUAUUCUGUGUGUGCACCGUCUUUGGCACCUACCAGUACUGAAGCACACACACACACACACGGCCAGCAGGGACGAUGCACCAGAACUGAUUAGGAUAAGAAAAAACCCUUAAUAUAUUUAUUCUUAGCACGUUUUGCUUUGUUUUUUUCUUGCAGAUUAGUAGGCACCAGGAAACAAGGGAACAAUGACCCAACUUCACUUUCGUUACUCGCGACCUUCGUCUUGCAUCAUUGGAUGCGCACAUUCAAUGGAUUCAGUAUGCGGCCCGCCAUCACAGCCACGUCCAGCUCUCGAUCGAUGAUGAAAAACAGAAACGGAUGGUUCACAGAUAUCUGAAUGGGUUUCGUUUGAGCACCAUAGUUGCCUGAGAUCA